AUGGCUUCUUCUGUUGUCUUCCAAUAUCCAGUGGCCAACCUAAAUAAAUAUGUUACUACUGUCACAGACUUCAUCAUUUAUUAUUGCUUAUUUUCACAGAGCUUGUUAUUUCGUCCAUUAAGCAUUCAGUUCCAGGAAUUUAAUAGGACGCACAUUUUUAGGCAAUUGAAACAAAACCCAAAAAAGUUCUGCCAGUUAAUAGGUGGCAUAUACCAUUUCAGCACAUCAAAACCACAUCAAAAUCAACAUAAAAAACAGAAUGAAGGAUCCAAAGGGAAAAGCCCUGAAGAAGAUGAAGAAGAGAAAAAGCGGAGGGAGCGUGAAGAUCAAAUGUACAGGGAACGGCUAAGAACACUAUUUAUAAUCGCUGUUAUUAUGAGCUUGUUGAAUUCCAUUAAGAGCAGUGGGGGAAAUAUUUCAUGGAAUGAUUUUGUUCAGGAGAUGUUGGCAAAGGGAGAAGUGGCCAGGGUGCAGGUUGUACCAGAGAGUGAUGUGGUAGAAAUCUACCUUCAUCCAGGAGCAGUCGUAUUUGGUCGACCGCGGUUAGCUUUGAUGUAUCGCAUGCAGGUAGCAAAUAUCGAUAAGUUUGAAGAGAAACUCCGAGCUGUUGAGAAUGAGCUUGGGAUUGAUGGAAAAGACAGGAUCCCAGUUUCCUACAAGCGCACAGGUUUCUUUGGAAAUGCGCUGUAUGCCCUUGGGAUGGCUGCAGUGGGCGUGGCGAUUCUUUGGUAUAUAUUUCGACUUGCAGGAAUGGCUGGAAGAGAAGGUGGAUUUAGUGCUUUUAAUCAGCUCAAAAUGGCUCGUUUCACAAUUGUGGAUGGAAAGUCUGGAAAAGGUGUUACCUUUAAGGAUGUUGCAGGGAUGCAUGAGGCCAAAUUGGAAGUCAAGGAGUUUGUUGAUUACUUAAAGAGUCCAGAACGUUACCUGCAACUUGGUGCCAAAGUUCCCAAGGGAGCUUUAUUGCUUGGACCACCAGGGUGUGGAAAAACACUAUUGGCAAAGGCUGUUGCAUCAGAAGCUCAAGUUCCUUUCUUAGCUAUGGCUGGAUCAGAGUUUGUGGAAGUGAUUGGAGGUCUUGGAGCUGCAAGAGUCCGAAGUUUGUUUAAGGAGGCCCGUGCGCGUGCCCCCUGCAUUGUGUACAUUGAUGAAAUUGAUGCUGUGGGUAAAAAGCGUUCCACCAGCAUGUCUGGGUUUGCUAAUACAGAGGAAGAGCAAACAUUGAAUCAACUGUUAGUUGAAAUGGAUGGAAUGGGUACAACUGAUCAUGUGAUAGUUCUAGCAUCAACCAACCGUGCUGAUAUUUUGGACAAUGCGUUAAUGCGACCUGGUCGGCUGGAUCGACACAUAUUCAUUGACUUCCCAACAUUGCAGGAAAGAAAGGAAAUAUUUGAGCAACAUUUGAAGAAUCUGAAGUUAACUCGCCCAGCCAGUUAUUAUUCACAACGAUUGGCUGAACUUGCUCCAGGAUUCAGUGGAGCUGAUAUUGCCAACAUCUGCAAUGAAGCAGCAUUACAUGCAGCCAGAGAAGGGGAGAAAUCUGUUGACACAUUCAGUUUUGAAUAUGCAGUAGAGAAGGUCAUAGCAGGCACAGCAAAGAAGAGUAAAAUUCUCUCGAAGGAAGAACAGAGAAUAGUAGCUUAUCAUGAGUCUGGGCAUGUUCUUGUGGGUUGGCUGCUUGAGCACACAGAAGCUGUCUUAAAGGUCUCCAUAGCACCACGAACAAAUGCUGCACUGGGAUUUGCACAGAUCCUACCACGAGAGCAACACCUUUACACCAAAGAACAACUUUUUGAACGUAUGUGUAUGGCCCUCGGAGGUCGUGUUGCAGAAGCUAUCGUCUUUAAUAAAGUCACAACAGGUGCUCAGGAUGAUUUACGAAAAGUCACGAAAGUCGCUUACUCCAUGGUGAAAUGCUAUGGAAUGGCUGAAACAAUUGGACACAUUUCAUUCCCUGAUACCGAGGAGGUGGGGGUGAUUGGUCGCCGACCCUACAGCCAAGGUCUCCAGGAUCACAUGGAUCAUGAAGCCAAACUGUUAGUGGCUAAUGCUUACAGGCACACAGAGAAGCUCCUAAUGGAUAACCGGGACAAACUCCUUACACUUGCAAAUGCACUCGUGGAGAAGGAAGUUCUAAAUUAUGAUGAUAUUGAAGCGCUUAUUGGUGCUCCACCUUUUGGUCCAAAGAAAAUGAUCCCACCUCAGACCUGGAUUGAAGCUGAGAAAGACAAACAAGAUACAGGAGAUGAUGGACCUUCAGCAAGGCAUGUACAAGAUGACGAACAAAACCUAAAUCCAGUUUAAGCCGCCUGCAUAGAAAUACAAUCUAGUGAUUGGUGUUGUCUUGUAAAAAGAUGAAUAGUAAAGAUUUUUGGGAAAACUGAAAUUAAAAGAAUUAAGGGAUAAUUGAUGGAAGUUGAUGGAACUACUGACGAACACCUACAUUUAAUGGGGGGCAAAAACUGUGUACCAUUUGGAAUACUGUGAUUAAUGUUAAAUUACAGAAACUACUUUUCAUGCUCUUUAAGCAAUGGAUUGUGCUUUUAUUAAAAUUAUGCCUCUUUAUUCAGUAUUUUAAAAUGCAGCAAUAUAAUUUGCCCAGUUAAAAUUAAUAAUGUAGUAUAGUAAUUCCUCCAUAUAUGUGAGGGUUUCAUUCCUGGGAAUCCCUGUAAAUGAUGAAAUUCGAGAGUGUGUAUUUGUUUAAAAAUAGGGUAAAAAUCGUGGAUACAGAGGAAUGACUACUACACUAUUGCUUUUAACUGAGCAAAUGAUGAUGCUGCAUUUUAAAAUACUUUGAUAAACCGAGGCACAAUUUUAAUAAAAGCACAAGCUAUUGCUUAAAGAACAUGAAAAAAUAGUUUCUGUAAUUUAACAUCUGGAUUUUUGCCAGCGCAUGUUGAUUUUUUUGUUGAUACCUGUUUUUGGCACAGAGGCAAAUCUGUGCUUUCAUAGAUACAAAAGAUUUACUGUGAUUUAUUGAAGAAUUUAUUUCAGUUAUACAUUCCAGUUGCACAGUGCCUCAUUAUAUGAUGGUUAUGGUUAAACUAAACCUUAGGGUACAGAAUGCUGACUGUAUAAGAAUUUAUUGGGUCACCUGUUUGAAUACAGCCUUAAAAGCAACAGUCUGUAGCUUUUAUAGUCAUGCUGUUGUGUUCCCAUCUUUGAAAAGCUGACUCGUUGAGAUGUGGCUGUACGUCUUUUAUAAAUAUACCAAAAUCAUUUUCUUAUUUUUCAAUAUUUCCAACAAUGCUGAUUGGAUAACACUCAAAAGUGGGAAAAAUUUCUGAUUUCCUGUCAAACCUGUGUGAGAUGAAGCCAUCUUCACUGCUUCAGAUGUUGUCCUGAUUUGAAAUUAUCUAGUUUUGAGAGAUUGGUGAUUGAGUUUAGGAAUUUGCUGAGCUGUGUAUCUUCUGAUCUGAGGUAAGGAUUCAGAUGAUGAAGAAACUGUAACUUUCUGGGUAAACAUUUGCUGUUUCCACUGGUGUGUGUACAUUAAAUAUUUAUCAUUUUAUAAA